CCAACGUCCAAUGUCAUCACUUGAACAUUUCUACUGAUCUUGCAAAAUAUCGACGCGCAUAUCAUACGCUCUUACCGUCGACGGUUCUCUUCUUCCUACUUAAUUAAUUUUGCUUGGUCCAGAUCCGUAUCUUUAAGUUUUCCCAUCACUCGAAUCAAGAUCUGAUACCUCUACCCCCGAUCGACCGCACCAACAUAAGUCGACACAAUGCCUCCCAAAGCGCCUAAAUCGGAAUACAUUGAAACUGACACCGGCAACAAAGUAUCCCGCCGGUCUAUUAUUCUUGGGACUCCACAUAUCAUUCUCGGCGGCCGCACUGCCAUUCAGACAGAAGCCUGUCUGCGCGGGGACUUGCAUCGGCUAUCAUCCCCUUCUACCUCUACUUCCACGUCCGCUCCCGGCGGCACAUCCGUCAUUGCCCCCUCGGCGCUGAUCCGGCCGCCCUCGCGCCUGCACAGAGGGACAUACACGUACGUGGCGCAAAAGAUAGGGGACCACGUGCUUGUGGGCGAGCGCGCGGUGGUCGAGGCCGCGAGUAUCGGGAACCACGUGGUGAUUGGAGCGGGCGCGGUGCUGGGGAAAUUCUGCAUCAUCAAAGACGGCGUCAAGGUUCUCGAUGGCGCCGUGUUGCCCGCGGGUAUGGUUGUGCCGAGUGGGAGUGUGGUUGGCGGACGCCCGGCAAGGAUAGUGGGUGAGGUGGGAGAGGGCUGGGGAAUGCUGCCUGGGUCAGAAGGAGCGGAUUUGAGAGAACGCAUUCGAGCGAUUGCGUGA